AUGGCCAACUCCCGUAACAAGAGGACUACGCCUUCGGCAUCACAAAAUUUGAACGACGUCGUCGACAAGUACGCGUCACCGCCUAUGGGGUCAUCACUACCAGAAUACUCGCGACGGUCAUAUGAUCCUGUUCUGAGCCGUCAUGGGCACGGUGAUGUCAGCAUGUCUUCCUCGCCAUCGCCAUACCCUCUUUCAGAGCGCAGGAGAGCCAACCUCCAACAAUCAACAUCCACGCAUUCAGGCUAUCUCGAUCGCGCCCAACUCUUCGGUCGCACACCUAUUUCUAUCCAACACAACGCACGUCGCGCCCGCCCUCCAUCCACCUCAAGUUCAAGCAUACGAAAGCGAUCGUCGCGUACCCCUACUGGCGAGUGGGCGGAAGCGGGUCUUCCUGAACCACCUAUCGAGAAGAGUAGGGUCAGCUUGGAUAAUGCUGAGGGGUUGAUUUGUACGCCUAGUGGCAUAACGACUCUUGACGUUGAGGAAGAUACACCAGGUCGCUUUUCACCCUCAGCUCAGAUACCUGCUUCUCGUAAGACUCCGCUUGCUGAAGAUGCGUUGAGGGAGCAGUUUGAGAAGGGUAGGGUAGAGCUCGCUAGGAAUCUUGCGUGGCGAGCUGGUCCGAAUGGGAAGUCGAAGUGGGCGGGGAGGGGUCUUGGUAAGCAUUGUGAGGGGUAUGUGUCUCCUAAGACGCCUUCUGUUGCUUCUGAUGGUGAGGAGAGCGAGUUUGGGUAUGUGGAUCCGGCGAGUGUCAGGGAUGUGCUUGCGCGCGUUAAGGCGAGGGAGGCGAGUGGACGUGCUAACUCGCCCUCCGAUCAUGUGCAGAGUGUGACGAGUGGAAAUGGGCCGAAAGACAGCUAUUUCGACGUCGAUGUUCCGCGCCGCAGUAAGGAUGCGCUCUUCCGCGAUUCCUCGGAUCCAGACAUGGCUUUGCCAGAAUUUCCAGAUCGCAGUGUCUUCUCGAAGUCACGUCAACCAGCCGGUCCGUCGCCCAUCAUGAAGACAUCAACUUGUCGAAAGCGCCCAUCUCCAGCUAGCGAUCGCACUGAGAUUUCGUUCUCGCCCAUCAUCACUGCUAUCGACGUGGCUCCCCAUCCAACAGGCCAGGAUCUCGAUACCACGCCCAUUACCUCCUAUCUCUCCUUCAGCACCAUCACAAUAACGAUCUCCCAGCCGCCUACGCCUCCACACAAACGCACUGGCCUAACCUUCUCCCAAGCCACAGCAAUAAUCUACGGCUGCAUGGCUAUAACAGCAUCGCACCAAGCGUUCCUCGGUCUGGGCGGAGACAUCGCCGCUAUGGACCUGAUCAUGGGUCUCUACGCGGCUUUCCUUUUUGGUCUCGCCAUCUUUGUAAUUGUACAAGUGCUGUUAGGUGCUGGACUGCGAUGGUGUAGGCGGGCAUAG